UAUACUACUUAAAAAUCAAUGGAGUUGAUUAAUGAGGAAAGUGCUAGUGAGCUACUUCAAGCUCAAACUCAUGUGUGGAAUCAUAUAUUCUACUUCAUAAACUCCAUGACUCUGAAAUGUGCCGUUCAACUAGGCAUACCAGAUGUGAUCCAAAAACAUGGCAAACCCAUGACCCUCUCGGAGCUUGUUUCUACCCUACCGAUCCACCCAUCAAAAGCUAAAUAUGUCCACCGCCUUAUGCGUAUUCUCGUGCACUCCGGUUUCUUUUCCCAGCAAAAUCUCAACCAAGAAGCCUAUUCCCUUACCCAAUCCACUCGUCUCCUCCUCAAGGACAAUCCCUGGAGUAUGAGACCUCUUUUACUUGUGUUUCUCGAUCCAGUUCUGACAAAACCGUGGGAUUGCUUGAGCACUUGGUUCCAAAAUGAUGAUCGCAAUGCAUUUAGUGUUGUCCAUGAAAAAACAUUUUGGGAGUACGCUGGCCAAGAUCCAAGAAUCAACAAUCUCUUUAAUGAUGCCAUGGCUAGAGAUAGCAUACUGGCUAGUAAGUUGGUUGUAAGCAAAUGUAAAGGCAUCUUUGAUGGGGUGGAUUCUUUGGUGGAUGUCGGGGGAGGCUUAGGAACUAUGGCCAAGGGCAUUGCUGAAGCAUUUCCCCACAUGGACUGCACCGUCUUUGAUCUCCCCCAUGUGGUUUCUGACUUGCAAGGCAGCAAAAAUUUGAAGUAUGUAGGGAUAUGUUCGAGGCAGUUCCUCCAGCAGAUGCAAUUUUACUCAAGUGGAUACUGCAUGACUGGAGUGAUGAAGACUGCAUGAAAAUACUUAAACGAUGCAAACAAGCAAUUAUGAGUAAGGGACAGCAGAAAGCUGGGAAGGUGAUAAUUAUAGAUAUGGUGAGAGAGAACCUGAAUGGAGAC